AUGGAAGCAGCCCCCGCUUAUUUCUUCUUGGUUCGUUCGAGAUGGCCUCCUCGUCGGGGUUGUGUACGGUUUGCUACGAUAAGGAAGAAGAAUUCGUUCCUCUGUGAGGAGACAAAGGAUCCAAUCAAUAAUAUCAAAUCUUCCCACAAAAGAGAGACCUUCGAGGGAUUAACUGGGUGUCAUGUCAGGUGUUGGGGGCGACGCGGAGCCGGCGAAGCUCCUCCUGCCUUACCUUCAAAGGGCCGACGAGCUGCAGAAGCAUGAACCCCUCGUCGCCUACUACUGUCGGUUCUACGCGAUGGAGCGAGGGCUGAAGAUUCCGCAGAAGGAUCGAACCAAGACCACCAACGCCCUCCUCAUCUCCCUCAUGAACCAACUCGAGAAGGAUAAAAAAUCAUUAAAGUUAGGGCCGGAUGACAACCUUUACGUGGAGGGAUUUGUAUCUAAUCUUUUUGCAAAGGCAGAUAAACAAGAUCGUGCUGGGCGUGCUGACUUGAAUACUGCAAAGACCUUUUAUGCAGCCAGCAUCUUUUUUGAGAUUUUGAGUCAAUUUGGUGAGCAUCAGCCCGAUAUUGAGCAAAAACAGAAGUAUGCAGUUUGGAAAGCUGCAGAUAUAAGGAAAGCCUUGAAAGAAGGCCGGAAGCCUGAACCAGGCCCUCCUGGUGGUGAUACAGAUUUAUCAAUUUCCUCGAGCCCAUCAAGCAACACAUAUGACCUGCAACCAAGUGACAGUUUUCCAUCCAGCCAGAGAGGUGGUGAUGCAUCACCUCAUCAUGUUGAUGUAGAUAAGAUCAUAGGAAGAAGUGAGAGCUUUGCAGGUAGCUACCAAAGUGCCAACUUAUCAUCUCAGGAUGCUGAUGAGGUUACCAUGCAGGGUUUCGGUCAACCGCCUGCGACAUCAUCCUCUUAUGCUAGUCCUGAAGUUCACCACCUUCAACAGACCAGCGGGCCUGAAUAUUCUGCUUACUCUCAACAAUAUGAUCAUCAUUCUUACAGAGAUGAGCUCCAACAUAUGCCUCAAAAUAAUCAUUCAGAAAACCCUACUCCUCCAUUUCCCUAUCCUAAUUUUCAGUCUUAUCCAAGCUUCCAUGAUAGCACCUUCCCGUCUGCCCCCACUCAUCAGCCUUCUUACUACCAUGCCCAUGAUUCUGCAUCCUCUCACCAACCUGCUCCUGUUUCACAUUAUGCACCACCAGCACAGUACAGUUCUGGCAGUCUCGACGAGAGUCAUGUGGUACAAGCGCCUCUAUCGGCCGAGAGAUACAAGUAUGACAGCAGUUAUCAGCCACCUGCGGAGAAAAUUGCAGAGGCUCAUAAGGCAGCAAGGUUUGCUGUUGGUGCACUUGCAUUUGAUGAUGUCCCUGUUGCGGUGGAUUUCCUUCGGCGUUCUCUUGAACUUUUGACCAAUCCUUCAGCUGAAACCCAUUAGUUUGUAUUGUAUUAGGGUCAUUUACUCUCUCUCGUACUUUUGACCAAUCCUUCAGUUGAAACCCAUUAGUUUGGAUUGUAUUAGGGUCAUUUACUCUCAAACCCCAAUUCUUCUUA